AUGCCAUCAAUGCCAGAUACACGGAGACCUGAUCAAGUGAACAAGAAAGUCGUGGCUGACUUCAUCAAGAACAAUCUCAUAUGCCGCUUCGGUGUGCCCGAGUCUAUCAGAACAGACAAUGGAGCAAAUCUGAAUAGCCAUCUGAUGAAAGGCCUCUGUGAACAAUUCAAGAUCACUCACAGAAACUCUACAGCCUACUGGCCAGAGAUGAAUGGAGCAGUAGAGGCUGCCAACAAGAACAUCAAAAGAAUCUUGAGAAAGGUGAUCGAUAACUGCAAGAAUUGGCAUGAGAAGCUACCUUAUGCUUUAUUAGUGUACCGAACGACUGCCCGGACAUCUACCGGAGCAACCCCAUAUCUCCUUGUCUACGGCACAAAAGCGGUCAUACCCGCAGAAGUGGAGAUUCCUUCACUUAAGAUCAUCCAAGAAGCAGAACUGAAUGAUACAGAAUGGUUUACAAAUCGCUACGAGAAGCUGGCUAUGAUCGAUGAAAAAAGAAUGGUGGCAGUAUGCCACGGAUAG